UCACCAAACCGUGCCUCACAGCAAUCGCAUUUCAUAGUAUCUAUUACAUCUGCUACGCCCAUAAGUUAGGCAAUAUAUACUAUUGUUGAUCGACAUCUGCCCCUUCCUCUCAGCCCGUGCUGUAACUGCAGUCCACAUUGCAACGUGGUUUACUGAAAUACCUCAGUCCACCAUGAGACUACCGCUCGUGGGAUCGACUCUCGGUCUUCUUUCUAGCGCCAGCUUAGUCGCCGCGCAGACAUACACCAAUUGCAACCCACUGAAGAAGACCUGCCCCGCGGACCCCGCACUGGGGAAAUCGGCCAGCUAUGACUUCACCGAAGGAAGCUCCUCUGACUUUACGGCAACGGGUAGCCCGACAUAUGGUAGUGAUGGCGCCGAGUUUACCGUUGCUAAACAAGGAGAUGCUCCGUUGAUUCAGUCCAACUGGUACAUCAUGUUCGGACAUGUGGAGUACGUGAUCAAGGCUGCCUCCGGAACAGGGAUUGUCAGCAGUGCGGUCUUGCAGUCGGAUGAUCUGGAUGAGAUUGAUUGGGAGUGGUUAGGAGGAAAUGACGAGCUCGUACAAACCAACUACUUUGGAAAGGGCGAUACCAGCACUUAUAACCGCGGCGCUACCCACAACGACCCCGGGAAUCACGACGGCUUCCACACUUAUACCGUCGACUGGACGAGCAAUCAAAUCGUCUGGCAGAUCGAUGGCACAACGGUCCGUGUGCUUACACCCGAAACCGCCGACAGCAACCAGUAUCCUCAGACUCCGAUGGUGGUCAAGGUGGGAAUCUGGGCCGGGGGUGAUCCUAGCAACCCACAGGGCACGAUUGAUUGGGCUGGUGGCGUGACUGAUUAUAGCGCCGGUCCCUACACGAUGUAUCUGAAGUCUCUCAAAGUGACCGACUACUCCACCGGGUCAUCGUACUCAUAUAGCGGUGAGAGUGGCGAUUGGACAUCAAUUACUGCCAACGGAGGCAAAGUCAAUGGUAACAUCGGUGCCGAUACCAUGACCUCGAUCCAGUCGGCCCCUACUGUAACCUCGACUGUCGCCAGUAUUCCGAUUCCUUGGAGUGGCACUCAUCGUGAGACCAAUACCUUCACAACCCCGGAUGUCUGGCCCUGGGUUGCUACAGGAUCGUCGACAGCGAUGCCAUGGACCUAUUCCGACUCCGGAAAGGUCCAGCCGCCUACGGCGGCUUCUGUGAGUGAGCAUUUCCUACCACCAUUUACAAUGGCCGUAGACAGUCGCUAAAUCGGUCU